AGUAUGUCUCCUUCUUCUCUGGUAAUCUUGGUGGUGAUGGUUUCUCAAGUGUUCGCCACUGUUCCAAGCUAUUUGUUCUGCACGUCUGUGGCUUCGAUCGAGUCUUUUUGGCACUGGGUAGAUUGUUUCAGCUGCACAUUGUUUGAUUAUGGUUUAGUCAGUGUGGGUCGGUCUAAAACAAGGUCAAGUACAAGGUGAAUAUUGCAAUGUCGGAUUCUCGGAACAGUUAUUAUGCAACGCAAAUGAUUUAUUGGUAACUUUGCAGGUAUCAAUUACUAUUGUUGCAUCUAAAAACUUAAUAAUCGCAUGCAGACAUCCAUUAUUCCAGCCUGCAAGAGAAAACACGGUUCUGGAUCUUAAAAAGCUUUUCAAUUCAAGUGGAAAUGCAAAGAAAAACAAUAGAGGACAAUUAGCAUAAAUAGACUUGACGGUAACAUACUCGCUGAUUUUGUUGCCAUUAUAUUGCUUUACUAAUACAAUAUUCUAGUCAAUGCGUUGUGUAGCUCGUCUGGCAGACAUUGAACGCACCGUCUGCAAUACACGCACUUGGUUCAAACAUAUUUACACAACUGCCAGCUGAGCGAAUGGUCUGGAACCCUCGAUCGUUCGUGUACAUUCCGAAGUUGGGAUUUUCAUAUAUAUAUUUGUUCGUUUCAUCAGUUGCCUAUGGAAGUAUUCACCACUAUAGAGAUGAAACAAAGUGUAAAGCUACUUCUGUUGGUCGUGCUGUACAGUGCUCAGUUGGUAAAGGCACAAGAUUCAGUAACGGAUGUCGAUGAUAUCGCUGAUUAUCCGUACGCAGCGUUUAUAGAUGAUCCAUUUUCGCAUUACUCUGGAAAUGGGGCUAUCAUUAGUAAUACUCAUGUGAUCACUACAGCAUCGGCUAUAAGCCCAGCUCCGAGCGUAAUGAUUAACGUCUAUGUUGGUAACGCCGUCAUGCACACCGGAACCCGUUUCAAACCUAAAAACAUUCAAAAACACCCCAAGUACAACUUCACACCACUUGAGUACAAUGUGGCUAUCAUUACCAUCAAUGGCACCUUCAAAGGAUUGCCAAAUGUGAAACCCAUAAGCAUAAGAACUACCGCUUUUAGGAACCCCGUAAACUGUUUUAGUGUUGGCUGGGGAGUAUACUCUAAUUUUUCAAUUACCCCUAUGCCGAGGCGAGUCAAUUAUCAACUUGUCACCGAUCAGGCAUGUGCAGCAAAACGUGGCCCUCAACCUACAACAAUACAAUGUGCUAGUGCGCUAAAAGGUAGCGGUUACUUUCUGAUUGGCGGCAAUCCCUUUGUGUGCGGUAAUCAACUGUACGGUAUACAACGAGUCAUGUCAACGAGCUUUACUUAUUUUACCAACGACCAACCAAUCGAUUUAUUUGUAAAGCUAACCGCGGCGAGCAUUCAAGAUUUUGUGUUUAGCAUAAUUCCCAAGCCGAAACACGUGGAUUGUCAUUAAACGAAACGGAUGUAUGCAAAAGCAUGUGUAAACAGUGAGCAGUACUUUCAUGUUGAUUUGAUACACCUAACGAUACAAAAAAUGAAAUAAAUAGACCAAUCGUAAAAUCCAACAGUUAUCCCCAAUUGUUCGGUUAUAUUCUCGAGGAAACGAAAAAGGCACUCCUUAUGCCUUGAUGGACAAUCCAUCAGACCAUUAGCUCUAGGCGUAACAGAAAAUGGCACAAAUUGGCCUCAUCUUUCUAACUAGCUUAAGGGGGGGCUUCGGUAUUUUAUUUUAAUU